UGGACGUCAAAAAAAUCCCAGAAUCCGACUCGGUCGCACGUGAAGAAUAGUGGCGGAGAAAAUCGCAUUUUGCGCUGAAAUAUUUACAUUACUGGUGAAAAAGUUGUGAAAAAUGUUGACUGCAGCUCGAGCUAUGUCGAAAUUCACACUGGACAACGGUCCAAGUGUAGUGAGGAGAUCAUAUUCGACGAUUAUGAGAAAUCAAAUAUCUCCUUCGCUGGUCAACUAUCAGAACAAAUACGGACAAAUUCGGCAUAAGUCAGAAGGCGUGAAAGGUGCCGUGAUUGGCAUUGAUCUGGGCACAACUAACUCCUGCGUGGCCGUAAUGGAAGGCAAACAGGCAAAGGUGAUUGAGAAUGCUGAGGGAAAUCGCACGACGCCGUCUCAUGUGGCUUUCACGAAAGAGGGAGAGCGUCUUGUGGGUAUGCCGGCAAAGCGUCAGGCCGUGACAAACUCCGCUAAUACAUUUUACGCCACGAAGCGUCUUAUUGGGCGUCGCUUUGAUGAUCCGGAGGUGAAGAAGGACAUGAAAAACCUCUCCUACAAGGUGGUGAAAGCCUCCAAUGGCGAUGGAUGGGUGCAAGGCAGCGAUGGCAAAGUAUACUCACCCAGUCAGAUUGGUGCAUUCAUCCUCAUGAAGAUGAAGGAGACAGCUGAAGCAUACUUGAAUACACCAGUGAAGAAUGCCGUCAUCACUGUUCCGGCUUACUUCAACGACUCUCAGCGGCAAGCUACCAAGGAUGCCGGUCAGAUUUCUGGUUUAAAUGUCCUGAGAGUGAUCAAUGAACCUACAGCAGCCGCUCUAGCAUACGGAAUGGACAAGACGGAGGACAAAAUCAUUGCUGUUUAUGAUUUGGGUGGUGGAACCUUCGAUAUUUCCAUCCUGGAGAUCCAGAAAGGCGUGUUCGAGGUGAAGUCCACAAAUGGAGACACCCUUCUUGGCGGUGAGGAUUUUGACAACACUCUGGUGAAUUUCCUGGUGACGGAGUUCAAGAAGGAUCAAGGACUGGACAUCACCAAGGACCCAAUGGCCAUGCAGAGGCUGAAGGAAGCGGCAGAGAAGGCAAAGAUUGAACUGUCGUCCUCUCUUCAGACAGACAUCAACCUUCCCUAUCUCACCAUGGACUCAUCCGGACCUAAGCAUAUGAACUUGAAGCUGUCGCGAUCGAAGCUGGAGAGUCUCGUGGGAGAUCUCAUCAAGCGCACCAUUUCACCCUGCCAGAAGGCACUGUCGGACGCUGAGGUGGCCAAGUCGGACAUAGGCGAGGUGCUGCUUGUGGGCGGAAUGACGCGAAUGCCAAAGGUUCAGUCCACAGUGCAGGACAUCUUUGGCCGGCAGCCCUCGCGAGCUGUGAAUCCGGACGAGGCAGUGGCCGUGGGAGCUGCUGUUCAGGGUGGUGUUCUCGCUGGUGAUGUGACAGAUGUUCUGCUCCUGGAUGUGACACCUCUGUCUCUGGGCAUUGAGACUCUGGGUGGUGUCUUCACGCGCCUCAUUUCCCGCAACACAACCAUUCCAACGAAGAAAUCUCAAGUAUUCUCCACGGCGGCCGAUGGACAGACACAGGUGGAGAUCAAGGUACACCAGGGAGAGCGAGAGAUGGCGUCUGACAACAAAAUGCUGGGUGCAUUUAGUUUGGUAGGAAUUCCACCAGCUCCCCGAGGCGUUCCCCAGAUCGAGGUGGUGUUUGACAUCGAUGCCAAUGGAAUAGUUCACGUGUCUGCCAGAGAUAAGGGAACCGGCAAAGAGCAGCAAAUUGUCAUCCAAUCUUCCGGUGGUUUGAGCAAGGAUGAGAUUGAAAACAUGGUGAAGAAUGCGGAACAAUACGCACAGGCGGACAAGGUGAAGAGGGAUCGCGUGGAGGCCAUCAAUCAAGCGGAGGGAAUUGUGCACGACACGGAAACAAAGAUGGAGGAGUUCAAGGAUCAAUUGCCCAAAGAAGAGUGUGACAAAUUGCGUGAGGAGAUCACAAAAGUCCGUGAGAUGUUGGCCAACAAGGACAGUGCUGAUCCGGAGGAGAUCCGCAAGUGCACCGGAAAUCUGCAACAAGCGUCUCUCAAGCUCUUUGAAAUGGCUUACAAGAAGAUGGCUUCUGAGCGGGAAAGCAGCAGUAGUUCACAGAACCAGGAUCAGCAGCAGCAGCAAUCCAGUGACGAACAGAAGGAGAAGAGAGAGAAUUAGAUUAUAAAUUAAGGCAGUAUAUUGGAAUAUGUAAUUCUUACAUCCCGAAUUGAUUUAUGACUUUUUUCAUGAGAAUUUCAUCUUUAGCGAAAACUAUGUUUCUGAACAAUUGAAAAAGAAAACACUUAAAUAUACACUUUCCUUUAGCCAUACAUAGAUUUAACUGGGAGAUCUGCCUGUUUCUAUUGUAAUGGUCCCAGCUAAUGAAGUUGAUUUGUACAAAAAGUGUGAAGGGGAGAACGUGGGAAUAGACAAGAGAGUUGAAAGGAA